GUUGCACAUACUUUCUCGAUUUUGUGAAGCUCUAUAAAACACUUUAACAACUUACAGUCAUACGUGGCAGUGACUGUGCAACUGUUCUAUAAAAAGCAAUCUGCUUGAGUAUAUUUUGCAACACAUUACCCAACAACCAGCCAACACUUGACAAACUGAAAGAGAAACUAAACACAGUGGAAAAUCCCACACUCACAGAAAGACAAUGUUCCUUAUGUAACUAGUUUUCAGCGAGCACUAAAGGAACAUGAGCAAAACAGUUUCUCAACUUGGGAGAUGUCUUUUCCUCGGUCAUUUCCAUGAAUGUGUUACAGCCACUGAAAACCUUCCAUUGUAACCAUAGCGUCUAUUAAAAAUCCAGAGUUACUCCAGACACGUUCAAUCCAGCUGCAGCCGUGGAUUACAGACAAACUUAAGUGAAAAUGGGAAACGCUCAGGACACUUUAGAAAAUUAUGGCUAUAUAAACCCUGUCCAAGUUGCACAAGGAUCCUUCGGAGCAACAUAUAAAGUGGUAUCAAAGGAUGAAGAAAAGGAAUAUAUGAUGAAAGAAAUUAAAGCCAAACAGCUGUCUCGUGACUGUAUAACGAAAGCAAAAUCAGAGGCUGAUGUACUUUGCAGACUGAAACACCCCUACAUUGUUCAUUACAAGGAAUCAUUUGAAGAAAAUGGUUCCCUGUAUAUCAUAAUGAAUUACUGUGAAGGUGGAGAUCUUGCUAAAGUGAUGGCAGUUCAGAAGAACAUUGGAGUCCAUUUGCCAGAGGAAAAGAUACUGGACUGGUUUACACAGAUCUGUCUGGCACUAAAGCACAUCCAUGACAAAGGAAUUUUGCACAGAGACCUCAAACCUCAGAAUAUUUUUUUAACUGAGGGGAGACUCAUCUUAGGAGACUUUGGAAUUACUAAAACUCUGGCACAAGAAGUUUAUGUCCACAAAAAUGUGGGCACCCCCCUGUACAUAGCUCCAGAAGUUUUAAUUGGGACACCGUACACUGCAGAAAGCGAUAUUUGGUCACUUGGCUGGGUACUUUGUGAACUCUGCAUGGUACAAUUUGAUACAGAAAACAUAGAAGAGCUCAGUCUAGCCCAGCGCCUCACUCAAAUACCUCGACUGUCUGAGCACUACACAAGUGACCUACAGACUCUUGUCGACACUUUACUUGAGAAGGACGCAUGGAAAAGACCUUCUGUGAAUGAUAUUCUCAAAAAGCCAUUCUUAUCAAAGCGAAUUCCAAAGCUUCUGACCCUAAAGAUCCUUUAUAUGGAAUUUAAUCAGGAUGCAGAAUUUAUGAGGAUUCUUGGUCUCUGUGAUGAGAAGAAUCAACCUAAAGACCUGGAUAUGCUGACACUUCAAGCCCUUCAUGAUGUCCUGAAGAUGAGCAUCGAGGAACUGAAUUCAGAAUUUGAGGAAAAGCAUCAAAGUCUCACUGGUCAAAUUGAGGAGCUGAAUAAGAUCACAGACAGCCUUGAGUACAUGCAUAAGGCAACUACAGUGGGCAGUCUGACAGGGGCAGUAAUGGGAGCAGCUGGAGGAAUCACAUCCAUAGUGGGUCUGAUUUUAGCUCCUUUCACUCUCGGUGUUUCAUUAGCUGUCACAGGUGUGGGUGUUGGCAUUGCAGUAGCUGGUGGAGCAACAGGUGCAGCCUCUAACAUCACUAACAUGGUAAAGCAGAAAAACCUGCGUCAAAGCAUCCAGGAGAUCAUCAACGAUUACCAGAACACAAUCAACCCAAUGGUGGAGCAUCUGAACAAAAUAUGUAGUAGCUUAGAGGCAAUUCAACAGGUUCAGAAGGUGCAGCAGACAAUGUUUGAAUCAGGCAGGGCAAUGAAGACGGGUGUAGGGGCCGGAAAAGGAACGGCUGCCAUUUCAGAAAUAUUCCGUGUAGUCCAAGUGGCUAAAAUUGGCAAUGUGGCUGCAACGGCUGCCAAAGCGGUCCGUGUUGCAGGAACAAUCACAGGCGUAAUCAGCGGUCUCUUUCUUAUUCUUGAUGCAAUUUUUAUUGCUAAAGAAAGCAUAGAAAUUUGUGAAAUGAAUCAAUUAAAUGCAGACAGAAGUGGCGAAGAAGAUAGCCAAAACAUUUCUGAAGACAAAGUCAAGAAGCUCAAAUCGGACACUUUGAAAUUCAUUCAGCAGAUGAGAAAAACAUCAGCUCAAUUUCAGGAAACUCUGAAUGAAAUUACACGAGUAAGAGAUGUUGUCAACAGAGCGUUCCAAAACAAGCAGAACAACAAUACUACACAUAGACAAUAGGACCAGUACUGUACAAGAAAAAAUAAUGCCCUUAUGAACCCUAUGCCUUAUCUGUUCACAUUGAUUAAUCAUAGAACUAAUUUAAAUGUCAAAUUUUAGUUUAAUUUAAACAUCACGUCAUUCAUUCAAUUCAGGCAUCUCGUCUAAUCAUAAUCCAACAUAUGCUUUAAAAGGUUCGCACAGAUGUCCUUCAUCACUACAUUAUGCCGCUGUUGUUUUACCUCACUCGUAUGUAAGAGAAACACAAAAUCAUGAUGCCACAUGCAAUGCCUUUUGCUUUUACAAGCAAACAGUUAUUCUAGAUUUUGAUUGUCCCUCGUUUGGUUUACACACCUCAAUGUUCAUGCUCCUCAGCACAGCUAGUCUCCAUCAGCAAGGCGUAAGUUCUCGGUUAAUUUUUCUUUAGGGAACAAUUGUUAUAUGCAUAUAGUUUGUGUCGAUGGGUUUUAGUUUUUUUUUCUGUUAUUUGUUUAUGUAAUAUGUUUAAUAUAUUCAUUAUACUGCAUCCAGCAUCGCUUUUCAAGCGUCAUUGCUUAACUUUUAGAAGAAUAGUCAUUGCACAUCAAUCUUCAUGUUGAGAAAAUAUUUCAUGUUACACCAGUCCAUGGCAGCCAUGUCACAUAGGCAACUCAAUUCCAGAUUUGAAUUGCUUCUCUGUUUACAACAGUGUUUGCAUGUCCAAGUGUACUCCUGAAUUGAGCAAUGAGAAUUCAGCAUUCAUGCACAUUGAUAUUUGUUGAAAGUAUCAUUUAAGUGCAUUCAGUAAGCAUGGUCAGACCUCUCCAUUAAGUUUAGGUAUGUUUAGGCAUUGUUUGUGGCUUGUAUUUCAUUAGAAUGUAUAUGUUCAUGGAUAUUCUUCAUUGUGUAGUGUUUGUCACUGCUGUAUCUCUGUAUUUACAGUAUCAGAGGAUUCUUUGUUUUUUGUUAGUCACUCCGAUAGCACAUUAAAUCAUCAUCACAUGCAAUGAUUUGCUCCAGAUAUCCACCGCUGCUAUUAUCACUUAAAGGGGAAGUAUCAUUUGUUGCUGUGUGCCUACCUACGCCUAGUGGUAGAUAAUUGCAAAACAACAUUCUUACAUUUCAAAUAUCAGCACAGAAUGCAUAUUGCUAAUCAAAUUUAAGAAAUAAAAAAACGGUUUUGCUAUGUACUACUGUGUACUGUAUUUACUGUUUUGUUUAUUUAGAGAUAUUUUUGGCAAUAUUACCAGUGUAAGGAAUUUGUUGUAUGGUUUAAGGCAUAUUCACAACAAGCUUGAACUUUCUAAUAAAAAAAUAUCCAAUUGAUAAAAACACAAAUACUUAAAACUGCCAUAUUCAAUUUAGCAAUUUAUAAUAUAGAAUGCAUGAUAUUGAUUAUUAUUUUUUUAUUAUUAUUAAUAUGUGAUUAUGGAGUGAUUGAUAAUUGUGUUUUUAAUUUGCCUAUUGCUUUUUCUAUUAUCUAUUACCAUUUGAUCGAUUUCCCACUGAAAUAGGAAGGGGCGAUGUCUUAUCUGCUGUCAUCACUCAUGGCUCGAUGUUACAGAAGCUGUCAUUGCUUGUUGAUUGCACCGUUUCAUGCCAUUUUCACAUUAUUAACGUUUUAGCCGUAGAAUAUGUCUGUCUGGUCUCUGCUUCUAAAGGAAGCAGUGACCAACUGGAGUGUCAGGAUUCUAGGCCCUAUGUCUCCAUCAGCUCUGUACCGACUGAACACGCAGCACAAAAUCCUGUAUCAGCUGUCACCACUUAGUGGACCGUGGUCUAGCUCUGGACUUCGGGACCACGAGACAUCAAGACAAGGGUUGGCCCAUCUCAUCGUUUCUACAGAACAUUAAAGCCAGCGCAACAGAACAACAGAGUUGCAACUUAACUUUUAACUAUAAAUACUUGCAGUUAAAAUGACUGAAUGACUGACCUUUUUGAACAGACAUAACUCAAAGCACUGCCACCAAUUCAUGUGGGCAAUCUGUUUGUAAAGACUCAUCCCAAAGCAAUCACAAAUUUUCCCUUUGUCAGUCUGUUGGCACUGAAAAAUCAUAAAGCAAUGGCAUCAUUUUAAAUGAGCAGUUUGUAUGGAUAGACAUAUUAUAAGCAGCAAUCUCCCCUUCUCAAGAGUAUCCUUUAUGGAUAGUUGGUUUCCACUGGUUUAUCUUAUGAAGCAAUUGCCCCUUUUAAAAGGGCAGUCAGUUCACACCCACACAUCAUCCAGGAAUUGUUCCCCUUUUGCAGAGAUUGUGGAUUUGCACCAUAUUGUCAGCCAUUGCCCCCUUUUUUCAAGGUUCAUCAUUUUGUAUGGUGUCAUUGUUUGCUUCCUUUUUUAAAGUUAUUAUAUGUUUUUAGUACAAUCAUUCUUCAGGUAAUCAUAGGUAUGGGGAAUUUCACAAAAUCUAGUCUAACCCUCUGCAGGGCAAUGCACAAUUCUGUGCACAUUUUACAAGGGUAGAAUGUUUUCUCCAUCACAUACAGGGUUAUGUUUUUAUAAUUCGUAUUUAUUUCUGCUUCUUUGUCCUUCACCUUUUGAAGAACAGGUUUCUUGUUCUGAGUUUAUUUAAUUGGUUUUAUUCUUUUUCUGUUGGUUAUACAUUUUAUAUUAUGAUCUUUCUAGUAGAAAUGUAAUGGCCUAAGCGAUAUUCAUUAAAUUUAGGCAUCUCAUCCAAUCAUAAUCCGGCCAGUGCUUUAUAAGCUUUGCACAGCUGUCCUUAAUCACUUUGUUUUUAUUUUAUAUUUAGAUGAGCUAAAACUUAGAAAUGACAUCGCUUGCAUUGCUUUUGUUUAUGAACCAUAUAGUUAGCAUUUUGGCUGUGUACUCGCGGAACGACGCAGACACACAAACGCAGAACUAUAAAUGCAAACCAACAUCCAAAAUUUAGAUGAGCUAAAACUCUAAGGACAUGUGUAAAUAUUGUCCUUGACAACAACAUACUUCAUUAAACUCACCCCAUCCACAAAGAUUUUUACAUUUUAUGUGUAUGUAAAGUGUAAUACUGCUGUUCACUUUCACUGCAAUUAAGGCAAGGCAGAUGUUUCUUAAUAUGUGCUGACAUGAUGAAAUCACAGCAUGUUAUGGUAUACAAAAUAAAGAAAAAUGUGUAACAAA